UCAAAAAAGGGAAGGAGAUGAAGCCAUGGCAAGCCCAAGAUUCCAAGCGCCAAGCAAACUCUUCGUUAAGAACUCGACCAUAGCAACACCAGCAUGAGCUUCGACACUAUGAGAGUUCAAUCCUCAACCCCUCAAAGCCCCACUUCCAAUCGGAGGCUCGAGCGUGCCUUCUCUUCUCGCAGAGCCCCUCAUCACAGCGGCGAUUUUGAUGACGACGAUGACCAUGAUGUUUCCAAGACGAAGAAGAACAGAUUUUCCUUAUUCACUCACCGCCUUUCCAUUUACUUCACUCGAAUCGGACCCAUUUGGGCCUGCCUUGCGCUCGUUGGUUUAAUCCUUCUCAUGAUUUCGUCCUUGAUAUUCUUUCACUCCCGCAGAUUUGUUUGCGUUUCGUCUUAUGAUCCUGUUUCCCGCUCUGGGUUCUUUGGCAUGGAUGGGCUCGAUUCCGAUUUCGGUUCUCUUGGUGUGCCCUGGUGCAGAUCGAAACAUGGAAAGACAGUUGAAUGGACUGCAAAAGAUUUACUAAAGGGCUUGGAAGAGUUUGUACCAAUUUAUGAGACUCGACCAAUAAAGAACAACCUGUUUGGUAUGGGCUUUGAUCAUAGCUUUGGCCUUUGGUUCAUUGCUCGUUGGCUAAAACCAGAUUUGAUGAUCGAAAGUGGCGCAUUCAAGGGACAUUCAACUUGGGUGUUGCGGCAAGCAAUGCCAGACACACCGAUUAUUUCACUCUCACCCCGUCACCCCGAAAAAUACUUGAAGAAGGGACCUGCUUACGUUGAUGCUAACUGCACAUAUUUUGCUGGAAAAGACUUUGUAGAUUUUGGAAGUAUUUCCUGGAAUAGUGUGAUGAAGCAACAUGGAAUCAAUGAUCUUAGCCAUGUCCUUGUAUUUUUCGACGACCAUCAGAAUGAAUUAAAGAGAAUAAGUCAGGCUCUGAAAGCUGGCUUUCAACACCUUGUUUUUGAGGAUAACUACGAUACUGGCACAGGAGAUCACUAUUCUUUAAGGCAGAUGUGCGAUCAGUUCUAUAUUAGAGGAGGUGGGCACAGUUGCUUCAAGGACAGCGAUGAAGCUAGAAUCAGAGCAAAAAGGAAGUUGUUCUGGGAAAAGGCAGUGGAUGUAGAAGAACUUUGUGGACCGUAUGAGGCUUGGUGGGGUGUCCGAGGCUACAUGCGUGAUGAUUUUAACCACAGCAAUAGGGCUAUCUCCCACGCAGAGCACCUCCAGAACAGCAGGUACUUGGAGUCGAUUCUUGAUGUGUAUUGGGAGCUCCCUCCAGUUGCUGGCCCUUCUUUAACACAUCAGACUAGAUACGAUCCUGCUCGUGUUUCGAGCCCUAUUGUGGAAGAUGGCAGGUAUGGUUUGUUCCAGCGACUUGGUUUAACUCGACUUGAGACUUCUGUAUUUAAUGGAUACACACAAAUGGUCUAUAUUCAGAUAUCUAAACAAUAGUUGUUAGGCAUUUUACUCUACUUGUCAAUAGCUUGUAGUCUUUCUUCCUAUACCACACCGUUAUUCAAAUUUUUGAGUCAAUUAAGGGACAAAUGCUUUGUGUUCAAACAUAUUCCUAGUGGUUUUGUUGGUGGCAGUUUUAUAUAUUGUCCACACUCAGAUCC